AUGAAGCUACUUUUAAUAGCAAUUUGCUUGUCAGUUCUCGCAUUUGUCAGUCAUGCCGAUGAAAGACAAAAUUCCUUUCAUCAGAAUGUUCAAAACUUACUCAAAAGUCGCCAACAACAUGGACUGCAAUAUCAUCACUCGGCUUCAGAUUUAAAUGAACACUACAAAUAUCCAUCCCAAGCAGAACCAGGUGCAGCCAAUUCUCUUCCUAAUUCAAGAGAUCGAUGGAUUGGUGUUAAGAUGAGUGCCAAAUUGUAUGGUCCAGGAAAGAAGCACAUUCGACUAUUGGGAGAAAAUCAACAGCAAAAUAAUAAAGGAAACGAAAUAAAUAAAGAAUCAUAUCCAGGAAGUGAAUCGACAGAAACAAUAUCAAAUUCAAGGAAAUCUCCUACUUGCAGUUGCACGAAAUUCUUAUCAAUCUUCAAUGACGCUAGGACGAUCACAUCCAUGCGCCGAGUAAAUGAAAGAAAUUUACAAGCCAGUGGAUUCAUAAUGCAAGAUGACGACAUCGGUUAUACAGAACCAGGUGCAAAUUUGAUCAAUUCUGGUGCUGAAAAUAGAAAUGCUGAAACAAUCACAACUGUUGCUGGUUUGCUUCGAGAUAGAGAAGACAUUGAUGUUAAUUCAAUUUUAAACUAUGCCAAAUGUUUACAUUGCCGAAACUUGACAUUGACUUCUCAUUCCAAAUAUCGUUCCAUAGAUGGAUUUGGAAACAAUUUGAAAAAUCCCUUCUGGGGAACUUCAGGAACUCCAUUCAGUCGUUUUGGUGCUAAAGCUUAUGAAGAUGGAAUUCAUUCCAUUCGAAAAAGCGUGAUGGGAAAUGACUUGCCAAGUCCAAGGAAGAUUGUAACGAAAGUUUUGCUGCAAGCUCAAAAAGCAAAUCCACCAACUCAAACUCCGAACACUCUCAUCAAUAUGCUCGUUCUUUAUCUGACUCAUGACAUGGCAUUCCAAGCACCAAUUGAAGGAAGCUAUGACAAUGAAAACAUCAGAUGCUGUUCCAACAGAAACAAAAACGUUUUGGCACCAGAAUUUUCACAUUCUGCUUGUUUACCAGUCACAGUUCCUGAGAAUGAUCCGUUUUAUAGGAAAGCAAAUGUGAAAUGUUUGAACAUGGUUCGUGCUCAACAAUCUUCAUCCCCUUGCACUCUUCAAAAUGGUGAGAUUCUCAACAAAGCUACAUCGUACAUCGAUCAUUCAAUUGUGUAUGGAAGUGAAGAUCUCGACACAAGGAAAAUCAGAACUUUCUCCAGUGGUAAAUUGAGAAUCCCAUCAAAUAAAGUUUUGCCAACUGAUAGAUUUGGAAAUUACUUACAAAGUAGUCUUCGUUUAGCAGUUGCGCCAAUUGGAGCUGUUUGGCCAUCAAUUUUUGCAAGAAAUCACAAUAAACUUGCUGAAGGUUUAGCUGCUGUCAACCCUCAAUGGGACGAUGAAACGCUCUUCCAAGAAGCUCGAAGAAUCAACAUCGCAAUUUUCCACAGCGGAAUCUUCUCGGGACGAAUCAUUGAAACUAUUUUCAAAAAGCGAAUCAACGAAACAUACAAAGAAAACUUUGAUGCUUCAACUUCUCUUGAAUUUUCAACUGCUUAUCGUAUUGGACAUUUUUAUCUUCAACCUGAGAUGUUGUUGAUUGAUGAAACAGGAACCACUGAGAAAGUUCCUCAUUCUGAAACUUUAGGACGACUUGACUUGGUAGAAAAUUAUUUCGAAGCAACAGUUCGUGGACUUUUACAACAGCCAGUCAAUUAUUUGAAUUACUCAGAAGAGAUAUUCAACAGAUUUGCAAAGAAUAAAGAUGGAAUGGGACUCGAUCUUCUCUCAAUUGAUAUUCAAAGAGGACGUGAUCACGGUUUGCCAACAUUUUUAGAUGCAAGACGAAAAAGUGGAUUCAAAGCUGAUUUCAAAACUUUCGACGAUUUAACUGAAAUCUUUCCACAACAUAAUGUUGAAUUAUUGAAAUCGGUUUAUGAAGAUGUUGAAGACAUUGAUCUUUAUGUUGGCGCUAUGUUGGAAACAUUCUCAAGUCUGGAUGAAGUUCUUGUUGGAGAGACUUUGGGAUAUGUCAUUGGUCAUCAAUAUCAACGAUCUGUUGGAGGUGACGUUUACUUCUACACGCAUAAGGUGAAUCCACAUCCUUUCACCGACUCUCAAAUUCACGCAAUUGAUUCAUUCACAUUCAACCAUUUGAUCUGUCAAAAUACCAACGUCGAGUUUGUUCCAAAGAACUGGUUGAUUGUUGAAUCUCCAACAAAUCCAAGAGUUGCGUGUAGAGACUACACAAGGUUUGAUUUCCAACCAUUUGCAAUGACAUGA